AUGAGUUAUCUACGGCUGUCGUACACAGCGAUGGGAACGUUGGGUCGGAUUAUCACGAAAACGAGCCAACGGUGCAAAAGUCAGCGACGACUCGACGGCCGGGUAGUUGUGGUCACGGGUGCUAACAGUGGUCUCGGGAGGGAGACUGUACUCCAACUCUCCCUACGCGGCGCUAAGGUUAUUAUGGGCUGUCGUUCGGCAGAGACGGGCGAGAAGGCUAUGAAUGACAUACUGUUGCGGAACGGGAGGGCAGACCUCAUCGUACUUCAGGUGGACUUAUCGUCACUGAAUUCCGUGCGAUAUUUUGCCGAAAUGGUCGCCCAAAAGGUCAACCGCUUGGAUAUACUCGUCAACAACGCGGGUGUCAUGAAUACCCCCGAGUGGACCACUGCUGACGGCUUUGAGAACCACUUCGGGACAAAUCAUCUUGGUCACUUCCUACUAACUAUGCACUUGCUACCAAUGCUCACCAAAUCGCCAAUCGGACGGGUAGUCACGGUCUCAUCCAUGGACCACAUGGCUGGCAAAAUCCACCUUGAUAACAUAAACUUACGUAACGGCACCUACAAGCCAUUCAAAGCCUACGCUCAGAGCAAACUCGCGAACAUACUGUUCACGCGUGAAAUGGCCCGUCGGUUGGGCCCCUACAGCCGCGUCAAGACCUACAGUCUAUUCCCGGGUAUAGUCGCCACUAACAUCGGCCGACACGCAGACCUGGGCGCUGUCGGCGAAAGAGUAGCCCAAACCGUGUUCCUAAGCCCCGAAAUGGGUGUUCAGACCACCCUAUAUUGCUGUCUGGAUGAGCACCUGGAUGACGAGUCUGGCUUUUACUACGCAAACUGUCAACGAGUGGACGAUAUGCUGCCGACGGCUACCGAUGACAAAACCGCCGGUGCUUUGUGGCAGUUGAGUUCAAUUAGCGAAGUAACCCGCAAUGUCACUAAAAGGACCAAAAGGUAUCAAGGUAAUCGGCGACUGGACGGACAGGUAGUUUUGAUCACCGGCGCCAACACCGGUAUCGGCAAAGAGACGGCAUAUCAGCUGUCAUUACGCGGCGCUAAAGUAAUCAUGAGCUCCCGUUCCCUCGAGAGGGGAGAGGCGGCUAUGGCUGAUAUAAAGUUGCGAAACGGGAGGGCAGACCUCAUCGUAAUUCAGUUGGAUUUGGCGUCACUUAAGUCGGUUCGAGAGUUCGUCCAAAUAGUGGGCAUUCAAGUCGACCGCAUAGACGUACUCAUCAACAACGCGGGGGUUAUGAAUACCCCCGAGUGGACCACCACUGAUGGCUUCGAGAUGCAGUUUGGCACUAAUCACCUC